CGGCCGUCCAAGACUAGACUCGCAUCGCCAGCCGAGACAAACUGCACGACCAACAGCAACUCGGCUAGUCUAUCGACGGCUAGGUAUAAUAAGCUCUCGACAUCCCCGUUGAAUAAGUCGAUCGCCUCUCCCGCCAUCCGAAGAUCGUCUCUCUCCUCUUCUCAGUCAGCUGGCCCACUCUCUUUAAUCCCCCAACUGCCACUCCUCUCAUCCUCCUUAGCGGUCAACAACAUGAAGUCGACAACUCUCCUGGCGGUGGUGAGCACAGCGACACUGGCACUGGCGCGCAAGUGUCACGAUAUCAAGGUGCCCGUCUCCAUCUCCGCGGAGAACAUGGUCUUCGACCUCGAGCCGCCGACCACAGAGAUUGACGUGACCAACUUCUAUCUCAACCUGGCCCAGCAGGGCGCCAACUUUCCAGGCGCACUCACAACUGGUACCGCCAAGGUAUCAGGGCACUACGUGCUCCAGACCACAUACUGCGAGCCAGACGACGGCCCAGGCCACACCCUCCAGGUCAUGACGCACGGCGUCGGCUUUGACAGGUCCUACUGGGACCUCCCCUUCCAGGCCCCCAAGUACAGCUACGUCGCCGAGGCCGUCGAUGUCCACGGCUACUCGACCCUGACCUGGGACCGCCUGGGCGUCGGCAUGUCCACGCACCCCGACGACACCGUCAACGAGACCCAGCUCGCCCUCGAGGUGGCCGCCCUCAAGGCCCUCACCAAGCGUCUGCGCGCCGGCAAGGUCUGCGACAUCCCCACGCCCUACCACUCCAUCGUCCACCUCGGCCACUCGUUUGGGUCCGCCAUCACGUACAACCUCGUCAACGACGACCCAAAAAUCAGCCAGGGCAUCGUCCUCACCGGCUUCAGCCAGAUCUCCGACUUUCUGGGCCAAUUCGCCCUCGGCGCCAACUUUGUCCCCGUCCGCGAGGUCGCCGCCCUGGCCGCACGGUACGAAGAGGGCUACAUCGCCGCCGGCAGCGCUGUCGGCGUCCACAUUGCCUUUUUGCCCCCCGGCGGCGAAUUUGACCCGGAUAUUCUCGAUUUUGGCUUUGCACACGCUCAGCCGCAUACCACGGGGGAGCUCCUCACCGUCGGCGUCGGCACGGGUGAGAUCAAUGCCUUUGCCGGCCCGUGCAUGAUCAUCACCGGCGAGCGGGACGUGCCCUUUUGCGGCGGUGACUGCAUGGGCACCGCGCCCGUUGAUGGCAAAUUUGACAACCUCAUCCAGGCGUCUGCACCCAUGUUCCCCCAGGCGUCUGUCUUCAACGCCACUGUCGUGCCAAAGGCGGCGCACGGGUUGCACUUUGGGUACUCGGCCCCCGAUGUGUUUGCCACCAUCCUCGACUUCCUCGGUACGCAGGUGUAGGGACGCUGGCGGCUUGUGGAAUUCAAAAAUACCCCUUUCUAUUUCUUCUCGUUCAUCAUUGAUGGUGCCUACUUCAUGUAGGCUUGACGAUAUGUAAUCCUUCGCGUACAUAUUCUCAUAUCGCUGGCCAUGGAAGUAUUCCCUUACCGCUUAGGUAGAUAAUAAAGCAAAUAAUUAAUCUUUACAUGGA